AUGAUUAAUAUAUUAUUAAUUAUAAUUAUAAAAUGUGUUAACUGUUUUUUUAGUUUGGAUUCUGAUGAAUUAUUUGGUCCUAUAAGUCCAUUUAAUCCUUCAAAGAAAUUGGAAUCAGAAUUAUCAUUUAUAAAACAUACAUUAUCUAAUGAAAGACAUCCAUAUUCAUUACAAAAUCCUAUAGAUCAAUUAUUACGUUGUGAAUUUGAUUUGAUAGAUAAAUAUUCAAUAAGAAUAGAAUUAUUAUUUGAAUCAAUAAAUAUAUUAAUACCAGAAGAAAAACAAAAAAUAUUAGAACCAAUUAUAAAACGUAAUUAUGAAAAUAUGUUAGAAAUAAUUAAAAAAUCUUUAAUAUUAUUACAGAAUAAUUUAUUAAUAUUAACAGAAGAAUAUGAGAAACCAAAUUAUGAAUUAAAACAAAGAGAACAUCGUACAUUUAUAACAUAUAAUUAUAUAGAAGAAAUAAUUAUAAUAAUAAAAAAUUUAUUAAUAACAUUAGAAAUGGAAUUAAAUCAUGAAUUAAUAAAUAUAAUAAAAAUGAAAAUAUUAUUAUUAACAUUAAGUUUAAGAAUUAUAUUUUUAGAAUCUAUAUAUAAUUUAGGAUAUUUAAAAGGUUUAAAUAUGAUAAUGAGUUAUAAUGUACAAUGUAUACCAUGGUAUUUAGUACCAGGUUAUAAUAUUGGUAUACGUUCACGUAUAUUACCCAAAUAUUUAGUAGAAAUUGUUAAUAAAUAUUCUAUAGAUGUUUUAAUAUUACAAGAAUGUUUUGAUAAAAAUAUUUUUAAUUCUUUUAAAAAUUCAUUAUAUCAUCUAUUACCUUUUUCUACUAAUCUUAUAGGAUGUAAGAAUGAAUGGGAUAGUACAAUGAAUAAUUCAAAUCGUUGGUUAAUAUUAAUAAAUGGUGGAGUAUGUAUAUUAUCACGUUAUCCAAUAAUAAAUCGACAUCAAUUAAUAUUUAAAAAUUGUCGUAAUACUUGUUCAUUAGCAUCUAAAGGAGCAUGUUUAGCAGUAAUAAAUAAAGGAAAUAAAAGAAUUAAUAUAAUUGGUACACAUUUACAAGCAUAUGAUGGACCAUCCAAAUUUAUUAGACAACAACAAUUUAAUGAAAUUAUACAAUGGUUAAUGACAUUAGAUGUUAAUAUUAAUGAUCCAUAUAUACUUGCUGGUGAUUUAAAUACUUGUUGUCUAACUGAUACAUCUGAAUUUAAUACAAUGUUAUCUAAUGAGAAUUUUAUUAAAUUUACACAUACAUUUGAUUUUAAAAAAGAUCCAACUUAUUGUUCUAUAACUAAUGAUUAUUGUAAAAUAUGUACGUUACCCCGUUACGGGGUCAGCUCCCUUUCCCAUAGUAGUUACACUUUUAGUAGUAGUACACUUCAUAACCAUAGAAUUAGCUCCCUUUCCCGGAGUACACUCUAUGGCUGUAAAAUUAGCUCCCUUUCCCAGGGUUUAUUUAGUUACAGUUUUAAUAGUUACUGCUUUAGUUACUGUUUGACCAAGCACCGUAACGCUGUUAUAGGUAAUGUAGAAUCAAUAUCAACAGUAUAUGAUUAUAUAUUAGCUGGACCAGGAGUAAAAGUAAUACAUCCACAAACAGUAAUACAUGAUAAACUGGAAUCACCAAUAAAAGUACGGAAAUAUUAUUUCUUUUGUAUUGGUACACAUACAAUGGAAACUUAUAAUCCUUCUGAUCAUUAUCCAAUCUAUUCUAUUCUAGCCAUUUAA